AUGCCUUUCGCAUCACCCUAUCCCCCGCUAGACUUCCCCUAUGUCAACAUCCUUGACUACCUCUUUGGCCAGCAGCCUGUUUCGGACGACCCACUGUGGUUUGAUUGCAAGGAACCAUCCCGGAACUUAUCAACGGCGCAGCUUUUGCAAUGGGUGAAGCGUCUAGGAUACGGCCUGGAACGUCUUGGCCUCCGCCGAGGCGAUGUGAUCAUGAUAUGUACACCCAACCAGAUUUUCGUACCCGUGGCCUACCUGGGAAUUGUAGGUUCAGGAUAUAUCUUUAGCGGUGCUAAUCCGACCUAUACGGAGUCCGAGCUCGUGCAUCAACUAACCGAUACCACGGCUAAGGUCCUUCUCGUGCAUCCGGCCAUGCUAUCACGGAUGAUUCCUGCAGCCAAUAAGGCAGGUGUGCCACAAGACCGCAUAUUCCAAUUCUCGGAUGAGCCAAACCCCGUGCACAACGGGAUCGUGGAUUGGAGGGAUAUUGCCGGGAACCAGGAGCAGGGAAAUUCUUGGAAAUGGCCUGAGCUUGGUGCAAAGGAAGCAGCCGAGACCGUGGCCACCAUCAACUACAGCUCGGGGACCACAGGGCUCCCCAAGGGCGUUUGUGUAUCCCACCGUAACCUCGUCGCCAAGAUUCUGCAGACAAUCUUUGUGCGGUACGUCCACAAGCCGUAUCCCUUCGAGAAACGGCCACAGGAGCGGUGGAUCGGAUUCCUGCCCCUGUACCACGCAUACGGGCAACUAUAUACCAUCCUGAUGGCCAUAAAGCUUAAGUUCCCUAUUUACAUCAUGGCCGAAUUUCGGUACGAGGACUUCCUCUCUGCCAUUGAAAAGUACAGGAUCACCACCUUACAGGUUGCGCCACCCAUACUCGUCAUGCUAUCCAAGCGGCCUGAGACGGCGCGCUAUGACCUUAGCAGUCUCAAGGAGAUUCUUUGUGGGGCUGCACCUCUCUCGCGUGAGCUUCAGAAUGAGUGUCAGAGCCGAUUCGGUGUUCAGGUCAACCAAGGAUGGGGCAUGACUGAGGUUACGUGUGGUGCUCUGCAUGUACCGGGGGGUAUCAACGACACUUCCGGCUCUGUCGGGCUCCUGGACCCCAACUGUGAGUGCCGUCUGGUGGACGAGAGUGGGAACGAUGUCGAGAUUGGGAGACCUGGAGAGAUGCUCAUCCGAGGCCCAAACGUGUGCAUGGGGUACUGGCGUAAUGAAGAAGCCUCCAAGGAGAACCUGAACGUUGAGGGAUGGCUGAAGACCGGCGACAUUGCUAUAUGUGACAAGAGAGGUUACUUUUGGAUUGUCGACCGGAAAAAGGAACUCAUCAAGGUGAAAGGUCUCCAAGUUGCACCCGCCGAACUAGAGGCAGUGUUAUUAGAGAAUGAAGCCAUUGCUGAUGCUGCCGUCGUCGGCAUUAAUCUGGAUGGAAACGAGUGGCCUCGAGCAUACGUCGUCAUCCAGGAAACAGCCAAGGACGCAACAACACCCAAGGGCAUUCAAGAAUGGAUAAAAAGUCGUGUGGCCAAACACAAGCAGCUGUCUGGUGGCGUCGCCUUUGUUGACGAGGUGCCCAAGCUUGCCAGUGGCAAAAUUCAACGCAAGACGAUGCGGGAAUGGGCCAAGAGGGAUGCCACCGAGGUGAGGAAGAGUACAAGAGCUAAGCUGUAG